AUGGGUGCACUCGACCGUUUGAACCAAAUCUCGAGCCAGCUCUCGGGCGGCGCCAAGGCCGCCGAUGGCAAGGCAAAGCUGCUAGAGAAGAGCCCCGACGAUGUGGUUGUGACGGCCUGCCUGCGCACACCAUUCACACGAGGCGGCAAGGGCGGCUUCAAGGACACACAGGCGUCGGACCUGUUGGCAGGCGCGUUCAAGUCGCUGCUGGAACGGUCCAAGAUCGACCCAGCCUUGGUGGAGGACAUUGCAGUGGGCACGGUACUGGCGCCGGGUGGCGGUGCGACCGAGAUGCGGGCAGCCGCGCUGGUGGCCGGCUUCCCGACGACGACGGCGGUGCGGACGCUGAACCGGCAGUGCUCGUCGGGGCUGCAGGCAUGUGUGGACGUGGCCAACCAGAUCCGGACCGGGAUGAUUGACGUGGGCAUCGGAGCGGGUGUCGAGAGCAUGAGCACACAAUACGGCCCCGGUGCUGUGAGCGAGUUCUCGGAGCUGCUCGAGAGCGUGCCCGAAGCAGCCAACUGCAAGGUGUCGAUGGGCCAGCUGUCGGAGGACAUGGCCAAGGCCCGGAACAUCUCGCGGGCGUCGCAGGAUGCGUUUGCAGCGGCGUCGUACCAGAAGGCCGCCAAGGCGCAGGCGGCAGGUCUCUUCAGCGACGAGCUGGCGCCGCAGACGGUGCGUUUCGAGGACCCCAAGACGGGCGAGACGCGGACGAUCACGGUCGAUCGGGACGACGGGGUGCGGCCGGGUGUCACGGCCGAGUCGCUGGGCAAGGUUCGGGCAUCGUUUGCCAAGGAUGGGAGCAUUCACGCUGGCAACGCAUCGCAGAUCUCAGACGGUGCGGCGGCCGUGCUGCUGAUGCGCCGCUCCGUGGCCGAGCGACUCGGUCAGCCGGUACUCGGCAAAUUUGUCGCCGCCUCUGUCGUCGGCGUGCCGCCACUUCUGAUGGGUAUCGGUCCUUUCAAGGCCAUCCCGCGCGUGCUCGAGCGCACCGGUCUCUCGGUCGCCGACGUCGACGUCUUUGAGAUCAACGAGGCCUUUGCCAGCCAGUGCCUCUGGUGCGCCGACCAGAUCGGCAUCCCCGCCGAAAAGAUCAACCCGCUCGGCGGCGCCAUCGCCUUUGGUCACCCGCUCGGCUGCACUGGCGCCCGCCAGGUGUCCACCUUGCUGUACCAGCUGCGCCGCUCCGGCCAGCAGAUCGGUGUCACCAGCAUGUGCAUCGGCACUGGCAUGGGCAUGGCGGCCGUCUGGGUUGCUGAGUAA